AGAGCACUCCCAAUGGAGGUGGCGAAUUCUCGGCGAUAAAUCGCCGAUUAUCGCCGAAUUAUCGCCGGCCAUUGUGGCGAAGUCGGCGAUAAUUCGGCGAUAAUGUUACCGUUGCUUCGCCGAGUGGCGAUUUAUCGCCGGAUUAUCGCCGAGCGAUCGCCGGCCACUGUGGGCGACGCUCGGCGAUAAUCGGCGAUUUUUAAAAUUUUUUUUUUUUUUUUUGGCCGAACGGCUAUUUUAUCCCACCCCUAUAAAUAUUUCAUCCUCUUCCUCCAUUCAUCACCCACAAACUUCAUUCACACAAAUUUUCAAUCUUUUUUCUCUCCAUCUUUAUUAAAUGAGUUCUGAUUCAUCGUCUCGUGCUCAGUCCGACGAGGAAAUAUCACAUUCUUCUUCCGAAGAAGAGGUACCUCCCGCUCCCACCGGAUGGGAUGUAGCGGGUUUCGCCAACAACCCAAUCAACAACUAUAUCUCCCGCUGCAUACAAAGCGAGAUCGCUCGAAUGCAGCAGCCACCCCCCCAACGGCCAAUCCGCCGGCGGCGCCGAUACAUCCCUCGCAACCACACUGGUGCGCACGAUCGGCUGUUCGCCGAUUAUUUCGCGGAGGAACCACGUUAUCCGGCAGAUGUAUUUCGUCGCCGGUUCAGAAUGCGCCGCUCCCUCUUCCUGCGCAUUGUUAAUGCGUUGUCCGCGCGUUACCCCGAGUUCCGGCUCCAGCGAGACGCAGCAGGGAAGCCCGGACUAUCGCCCCUACAGAAAUGCACUGUUGCCAUCCGGCAGUUGGCAUAUGGAGGGUCCGCCGACAUGUUCGAUGAGUAUCUGCAAUGCGGCGAGACGACUGGCAACGAGUGCCUGAAGAAUUUCUGUCAGGGCGUGCGAGAGAUAUUUGGGGAGCACUACCUUCGCUCGCCGGACGCAGCUGACUGCCAGUUCCUACUGGAUUGGCACUGGAGGACCCACGGCUUUCCGGGGAUGCUCGGCAGCAUCGACUGUAUGCACUGGCAGUGGAAGAACUGCCCAACCGCGUGGCGAGGCCAGUUUACUACCGGCUACAAAGGUACGCAUCCCACCAUCAUUCUUGAAGCCGUUGCCGACCAACGGCUUUGGAUUUGGCAUGCUUAUUUUGGUAUAGCCGGGUCGAACAACGACCUAAAUGUUCUCAAUUCCUCGCCCCUUUUCAACGAGCGGAUCAACGGAUUAGGCCCCUCCAUCGAAUUCACGGCCAAUGGCAAUGUGCAUAACAUGGGGUACUACCUGGCUGACGGCAUCUAUCCGCAAUGGCCCGUGUUUCUGAAGACGAUCAGAUGCCCACUCGGAGAUAGAAGAAGGUAUUUUGCCCGAGCGCAAGAGUCUGCGCGCAAGGAUGUGGAGAGGGCAUUUGGGGUGCUCCAAUCGCGAUUUGCACUGGUAAAGGGUCCGACGCGCUUUUUCUACCAGGGGGAUAUUGCCGAUAUCAUGUAUGCGUGCAUCAUCAUGCAUAACAUGAUCAUCGAAGAUGAACACGAAGGCGUCCUCGACGUCACCAACGACCCAAGUGUUGCAUCAUCGAGUCACGGUGUCUCAACCGAGUCCGCCCGCCAGGGUGUACCGCACAACGAACAUGAACGGUUCCAGGCGUUCAUGGACAUACACCAGAAGGAGGCCCAUCAAGCACUACAACACGAUAUCAUCGAAGAAUUGUGGGCAAAUAGAAACCGCGCCCACCGCCCUUGAAUUUUUUUUUCUUUGAAUUUU